AUGGCCUUCCAGACUCCACCCAACCCGCGAUAUGUCGAUUCUCGCCAACGGCUCUCUGAACUGGCCAGAGUCAUUGGUGACGACAAGAGUCGCAACUCAGAGCAGCUCCCUGGUCUCGCGAAGCUCUUAAACGAGUACGCAAGUGAUGACAUCAAGACGCCGCCCAAGGAGGACUUGAUACGUCGCCUGAUACGGGUGUUCAAAGACUCCACAACCGAAGCGUCUUAUUCUCAAGUAUUGAAGAAUUACAACAAUGAGGAGCAGCAACUUAUAAACCGUUUCGUGGUUGACCAAGAGCCAGCUGCCAAAGUUGGCAAAGACUUUCAUAUUGGACUUUCACCAGGUGCAAGGAAAGAGUUUGAGGAUCUUGAUUCCCAGCCAGAUGGCUUCAUCGGCGGAGGACAACUGUCCGCCAAACAUCACUCAGGUGCAGGUGAACUUGUCCACCAUAUUGUCGACGAAUUCAAGUCUGCAGCCAACACCGUGCACUCCUGGGUCCAUCCUCACACCAACUUCUCUGUGUAUGAUGAUCCCGGCAACAAGCACAAGGUCCCAGCGUAUUUCGACAAGGAGUUUCAGAACUGGGGUCGCACCGUAAAGAACGUUCCGAAAAUCACCUGUGUUCCCACCACUUCGUACGGAAUCCAACAGAUUGUGCAGUACGCAAAGACUUUUGACAUGAAUGUUCGGGCGUCCGGAUACCGACACUCCUGGUCACCAAUCUUUGGCAAAAACGGACAGAUUUUGAUCUCCACAUUGGACCUCCACAAAGCUGCUGUGCUCCCGAACUUCGAAUCCCUGCCAGAUUCAGAAAUCGGCGAGUGUCCAACAGAACUCAACGCGAUCACAUUUCAGAACACUCCUGAAGCUGGGAAGAGCCGUUUGGUUCGCGUCGGAACAGCCGUAACAAACCAACAGUUGAGGCGCUGGUGCAAUAGUCAGGAGGGAAACUUGGCGUCCACACUGCCGUUCAAUGCCAUCAUCGUUGAGAUCACACUUGGCGGAUCUAACGCCCCGAUCUGCCACGGUGCAGGCCGAAGCCAUACAACAUUAAGUGACCUCGUUCAUGCAAUUGAAUACGUCGAUGUCAAUGGCACCAUCCAGAAGCUCAGCAAGGACACAGAUCCCGACCUCAUGAAGGCCGCCAGUGGCUGCUUUGGUCUUCUCGGAAUCAUUACCCACAUCACCUUGGAGAUGAUGCCCAUGACCUAUGCAGUCAUGAGGCCACAGAAGCUUCACAUAACUGAGGCUAUCCCACUCCCGCCAGGAAUGACGAAUGAAGAUCUACCGCAUGUUCUCCGGCCAGAGACACCCAUGACGGAGGAGCAGCGCGCCAAAGCCCAGGCCGCAUUUGAAGACAAGGCCCGCAACAACUUUUACGCGGAAUGGUUCUGGUUCCCCUACACUUCCAAGGUCUGGGUCAACUGCUGGAACACAACGGAUGACCAAGAAGGCGAGAUCGAGUAUCCAGGCGAUACGCAGGUGGUCAUCCAGUGGUUCCAGACUGUCGCUGCACAGGUCUUGCAAGUAUCUGAUGCGAUCGCGGAUUUACAACACACAUUCGCAUGGACACAGACUACCUUGAUGUCUACAUUGGCACUUUACGCAAUGCCUGAGGUCACAGACGACCAGCCAGCCAUCAAGACUCAGCUCCCCAACGCUCUGCACUUCCGUCGAGCAGUUCAGAAUGUCCGCGUGCUGGACACCGAGAUGCAGAUACCCCUGCUUCCGAAGUCAGGAGUUCCUCUCUCUGAGGCAAAGUUCGAAGACGAGAUCGACUUCAGCAACGUGCAACGCGCUUGGUGGGCCGCUAUUCUCACGGCCUAUAAAUACCAUGACACCUGCCCCCAGCGAAUGCCACUCGAGAUGCGGAUCACUGGCCCGUCACAAGUGAUCAUGGCGCCGUUCCGAGGCCACAACCUCGGAAGCGCCUCGAUCGAGAUCCUGACGCUGGAGAACAUGCGGGGCAAGGAGUGGCUGGACUACGCCCAGGAGGUCCUCGACCACUGGAUGGACCUCAAGGACUCGCGGGGGGAAUAUCUCCCCACGCGGCCGCACUGGGCUAAGGAGUGGUACAACUUUAAGGUCCGGGGCCAGCCGAUGAUAGACUAUGUGCGGAAGUCCUAUGCGCAUGAGAUAAAGGAAUUUGUCUUCCGCCUGGGGCAGAUCGCGAAGAAGCAGGGGUGGAGCAUGGAAGAGGCGAAAAGGCGGUUCGGGAACGGUGCGUUGGAUGCCGUGUUUUACACGCAGCCUGUUGCGUCGCUCAACAGCGGGGUGAGGUCGGCGGCGGACAAGCAAGAACGAUCCUUCAUCACGACGACACCGGUCAUUACCAUCAAUUGA